UUUCCCUUUCCCCCAACUGGAUGUUAACUUGAGAAAUUGGACUUCAGACUGGCCUAUAUUUGCCUUUUUAAGAGUAGUGCGGCAACAGAAUGAAAGCUGUGUGUAGCCUUUUUUAUCUGGUCCUGUUGCUCUCUCGGUGUGUUGCUCAACAUGGCUCAAAGCCUAAUUUUGUUCUGAUGAUGGUGGAUGACAUGGGAAUAGGAGACCUUGGAUGCUAUGGAAACACAACUUUAAAGACCCCGAAUAUCGAUCGGCUGGCUCGGGAAGGGGUCAAACUGACUCAGCACAUUGCAGCUGCUCCCCUGUGUACCCCCAGCAGGGCAGCCUUCCUCACAGGCCGGUACCCCAUACGAUCAGGAAUGGUUGGCUACAACAGGAUGGGCGUUUACAUUUUUACCUCGACGUCCGGAGGCCUGCCGAACAGCGAGGUCACUUUCGCCAGGAUAGCGAAACAACAGGGCUACGCCACUUCCCUCAUAGGUAAGUGGCACCUGGGACUGAACUGUGAACGGAGUGGCGAUCACUGCCACCACCCCAUCGCCCACGGCUUCGACCACUUCUACGGCAUCACCAUGACCAACAUGCGCGACUGCCAGCCCGGUCACGGCUCCGUGUUCGACAACGUGUACCAUCACAUUCCGCGUAAGACGCUGGGGGUCGGGUUGGCCACCGCGGCCUUUCUUCAUUACCUGGGCUUCGUCACCGUGACCCGCAGGAUGGCCCUGGGGGUUUCAGCGCUAGCGGGAACGGUUUUCGGCCUGUUUUCUUUGUUCGUUUACACGUACCCCAACUUCAACUGCCUCCUCAUGAGAGGCCACGAGAUCGUGGAGCAGCCGUUUGUGUCGGAGGACCUGACACAGAGAAUGACCGGCGAGGCCGUCGAGUUUCUAGAGAGGAACUCUGAUCGGCCGUUCCUAUUGUUCCUCUCCUUCGUCCAGGUUCACACCGCCCUUUUUGCGUCUCCGCCCUUCAGGGGGAGGAGCCAGCACGGUCCCUAUGGUGACGCGGUCAUGGAAGUAGACUGGAGCGUAGGUCAGAUCAUGCAAACGCUGGAGGGCCUCAACCUGACGGAGAACACUUUGGUAUACCUGACCUCCGACCAGGGCCCGCACCUGGAAGAAAUCUCUGUCCAUGGAGAGGUACACAGUGGUUGGAGUGGCAUCUAUAAAGGAGGGAAAUCGACCAAUUGGGAGGGAGGGAUUCGGGUGCCUGGGAUAUUACGCUGGCCUGGGAUGUUACCUGGUGGGAAAAUUGUGGAUGAGCCCACUAGUAAUAUGGAUAUUUUUCCCACGGUGGUGAAGUUGACUGGAGCUCCCAUUCCCAAUGACAGAGUGAUCGAUGGCCGUGACCUUUUGCCCUUAUUGAGAGGUCAAGUGGAGCGGUCGGAUCACGAGUUCCUGUUCCACUACUGCAAUGCCUACCUAAACGCUGUCAGAUGGCGCCCUGUCAACAGUAGCUCCAUCUGGAAGGCAUUCUUCUUCACUCCUAAUUUCUAUCCUGAGAACGCGACCGCCUGCUUCCACACAUUCGUAUGCUUCUGCACCGAGGAGUACGUGACCCGACACGACCCGCCCUUGCUUUUCGACCUCUCCAGGGACCCGUCCGAGAGCGUCCCGCUGACCCCGGCCACCGAGCCCUCCUUUCACUCUGUCCUCGAGACGAUUCGGUCGGCCGCGCGUCGCCACGCCGAGGGUUUGACCCCGGUACCAAAUCAAAUAUCCUUUGGAAAUCUGAUGUGGAAACCCUGGCUGCAGCCUUGCUGCUCUUCACUGUCCCAACUCUGCAGCUGUGACAGAGACCACCAGAGAGGCCCCCAGAGUCCUGACUCUAUCCCCUAAACCUGGGAGAACGGACGCAAAGUAGAACAAAAGAAGCGAAGUGGAGCCAUGGGGGGUGGGGGGAAAGGUCACGACUCAGCGUCCGCUGCCUCUGACUGUUAAGUAGUGGUCCGUUGUCAGCAGCAGUGCUCAUAGCAUGAUUCCUAAGAUCAUUCCCUUUUUUAGUAAACUGUUUUUUUUUAAGCUAGGCUGUGUAACAGAUCUGAGGAAUACCCUAUGGGUUGGCACUGUGUAAUAGUCUGGGGCUCAAUGGUGCUGUAAAUUUUGGCGUGUGAGGAAGCUCUUCUCUGGACAUCAUGCAGCGCGUGCCUAAUUGGAUAAUGCGGCAUGAGCUGAAUAAAC